AUGUCGGCUACAGGCACUCACGCGCACGACUUGCCUGCAACUCUCCCAGUUCCUGACCUCCCGGUGUCACAACUAGAAUCACUAAAAUUCAAGGCCAACCAAAUUAUUGAAUCCAUCUAUGCACUCCAACGCACGAUUGAAGCUGGAGGCAAUCCAGCCGCGAUGCCAGCAUGGCCAGACAUUCUUUCAAAAUACAACAUCCUCCUAUCACAAACCCACAAUUUUUCAAACGCGCUCGUCAAUCCCAUACCCUCAAGAGCCGGUGGAAGCACCGGCUCAGCCCCCUUGAAUAUCUACGAGCGAAUUUCCUUGCAUCCGAGCGUGGGGAUGCCGGACGCUCGGCUCGACGCGGACGUGAUACCGUUGCUGAGGAAUCAGCAGACGACAGAUGUUUUGCGAGUGGAAAACGAGACGGUUCGUCGUCUCUCUGAGCAUAUGAAAUCGCGCGGAUCUGUUGGAGUUUUGGGACCCCCGCCUCCGUCGGCGCAACCAGCACCAUAUAUGAAUGGGCAUGGGUUUGGGCUUGCGUAUGCGGGCUUUGGGCAAAAGCAGAAGAAGCCAGAGUAUGAAGAUGUGCUCAGGGAGUGUGCUGAAGUUCGCGGAGAUCAUGAUAGACGCGUUGCGAGAGCCGUGAGGGCUGUGACGAUGUUGAGGGAGAAAUUUGACUGGAAACAACGGGUUGAGGUGGAGGUAGAAGAACCUGAGGAACUUGAAUGGGAUCCGAGAUUAGGCAUGCGUCCUCAUCAGGCUCCUGUCCCGCCCAAUGAGGCAGACGAUGAUAUUGGGAUGGAAUCUGCAGAUGAGGAGGGUGAUGGUGACGGUGACGGUGAUGACAAGGAUGGAAGCAGCGACGAGGACGACGAAUUUAACGUGGAGGGAGAACUUGUGAAUCUUGUUGGCAUGGAUGGACUUUCACCUGGAGUCUUUCCUACGUCCACUGUGGAUCCGCCUGAGACGAGCAAUCCCGAUGUUAGGAUGGAAGAAACAUUGUGAAUAUCAAGGUCCGUUCAUGCCUAUCAGACAGAGGCUAUUGUUCUUACAGGCUGUAGUGGCAGAAAUUUGACUAAGAAUUUAUUUCCAUGUCGCUGUC